AUGGACGGGAACAAGCGGAAAUCUUUUGAUAAGCAGCAAAAUAAACAGUUCCAGAAUAACGGUCCCAACAAAAAAGUAAAAUGGAACAACCCCAAUGGUAAAUCUCCUGUGACUUCACAACCUUCUGAUACUGUAUAUCGUAUACUCUGUCCUGCAAAGAAAAUUGGAGGUGUCAUUGGAAAGGGUGGCAGCAUAAUAAAAGCUCUAAGAGAAGAAACACAAGCAAAGAUCACUGUUCCUGUUGCUUCUCCAAGUUUAGAUGAGAGAGUAAUUAUCAUAUAUAGUUCUCCUGAAAAGGUUUCUAGGAAAGAGAGUAAUGGUGAGGAAUCAAGUGCAGAAAAGAAUGAACUUGGAACCCUGGUACCUCAUUGUGCUGCCCAGGAUGCUCUCCUGAAAGUUCAUAAGUGCAUUGUAGAGGAUGAUCACAUUGGUGGCAUGGCAUCUGGCGAUGUGAAUGAAAGCAAUGUUGUCUCAGCACGGCUUCUUGUUCCAAAUAAUAUGGUAGGAUGCAUUUUAGGUAAAGGUGGCGAUGUUAUCAAAAGAUUGCGUAGUGAAACUGGUGCUAGCAUUCGUGUUCUUCCCCCAGAGCAACUUCCCACAUGUGCCAUGAGUACGGAUGAAUUGGUCCAGAUAUCGGGGAAACUGGAUGUGGCUAAGAGGGCUUUGUAUGAAGUCUCCACUUUGUUGCAUCAAAAUCCACGGAAGGAUAAAUCUGUAGGCGGUCCUGUGCCUUUUGGUGGUCAAACCUUUUAUCCUCCUCAGGGUCCAAUGCUUCCCCCAGAAAAUUCACUGUGGCCUCAUCGGAACUCUUCUCAUAGUAUGCCUCCCUUGCCAUGGGUGGAAGGCGAUGUUCCCCCAAGACAUGGAGAUGAACCUUCAGCAGAGUUUUCGAUGAAAAUUUUGUGUUCCGUUGGAAAAAUUGGUGGGGUAAUUGGAAAGGGAGGUUCUAAUGUAAAACUCAUCCAGCAGGAAACAGGAGCUAGCAUUCAUGUUGAGGAUGCUCUGUCAGAGUUGGAUGAGCGUGCUAUCCGUGUCUCUGCCUUUGAGGCUCUGCGGAACCCGAGAUCUCAAACCAUAGAAGCAAUUCUUCAGCUUCAGAGUAAAACUAGUGAAUUUUCUGAAAAGGGAACCAUUACAACUAAACUUCUUGUGCCAUCCAAUAAGGUUGGCUGUAUACUAGGACAAGGAGGGCAAGUUAUCAACGAAAUGAGGAAGAGGACCCAGGCGGACAUUCGCGUUUAUUCCAAGGAUGAUAAGCCCAAGUGUGCAUCUGACGAUGAAGAGCUUAUACAGAUAUCUGGAAAUACUAGUGUUGCCGAAGAUGCUUUGGCAGAGAUAGCAUCGAGACUUAGGGCUAGAACUUUGAGAGACACUAAUGGGGGAGAAGAUCAUAGGCCUGUAGGACCUAACCUGGGAUUUGGGCCUGGAAGGAACAUGCCAGGCAGAAGACCUUUUCCGUCUGGCUCCAUAGGAGAUGUCGGCUCCAGUGGAUAUGAACCAGUCAUUAGGGCUGGGAUACGUGAACAUGAGCUUCAGAAUUAUCCGAUUCCUCCAAGAUACUCGCAUGGACAUAAUGGCUUUGAUCCUAGUAUUUCGAGUAAUGGAGCUUAUUCUGAAGCGUACAACAGACGAAACCAUGUUUCAAAUGUUAACGAGGUUUCUGGAGGUAGGAUGACACUUCCAGACAUCCAAUUUGGGGGCUCUGGAACUUUUGUCGAGACACGCAUGUCUUCAGAUCAUCGCUUGGCUGCCCCGACACAUGGAGGUAUUGGUCAGCACCCAUACAUGACAACAGCUGGACCCGACAUGAAUGCUCGCCAAGGUAACAAUUUUCAGCAGAGCUCGUACCCGAACUCUCACUCUCACUCUCAGCAGUUUGCAGACGCGAAUCCUCGUACCACAUUUAGCAACUACAACGCCCAACCCAGUGGGUACCACCAGAACUACAAUAAUGCUCCGCAGAGCGCCCAUCAUCAUCCAAUCGGACAACCACAGAGUCCCUAUAAAAUGAUUGCUCUCCAAGGCAACGGCUAUUCUAACUUCAGUACACCACAAGGCGCCAACUACCAUAACGGUACGCAGCAGGGAGCUUACCAAUACUGA